UCGAAUUGCAACCUCAACUAAUUACGGAGAUUUGAACCAAUUAAGUGUUUAAAAAACUGAAGCCAAGCGAUGCAGAACAUAAUCGACGAGGAGGGCGCGGCGCCCAGUCGCGCGGCUAGGGGCGUGACCAAGGACGGAGACCAAGGAGGCGGAGGAAGUGGAAGUGGAGGUGGUGGCAACAACACAAACCAGAACGCUAGUGGCAUCAUUGUUUUGAGAGCUGUGCUGGGAGUGAACGAGACGAGCGCGGUAAUCAAAAAAUGGCAGGUUCGCGAGGGACAGUUCGUGUCGGCGGCCCAAGUCCUGUUUCUCUACACGCCGGUGGGCGACGAUGGGAAUCCAGGUGGAGGAUCUGGAAGAACCGACUCCUCCAUCCAGGAGUACAAGUCCCAGCGCGCCGGGGUGGUGAGGAAGCGGCUCCGCAAGGACGGGGAACUGCUCUCCAAGGGGGACACCAUUCUGGAGUUGUCCGAGUGCAUACACACCACGGUAACCAAGGACAUGUGCGCGGACUGCGAAGCCGACUUGCGUCAGAACGAGAAUGAACAAACGUCGGAGGCCUCGGUGCCCAAGGUGCACACCAUGCCCGAUCUUAAGGUCAGCCAGAAUCUGGCCCAGAAGCUCGGACACGACGACACCCGCCGCCUGCUGGCCGACAGGAAGCUGGUCCUGCUCGUCGAUCUCGACCAUACGGUGAUCCACACCACCGACGACACGGUGCCGGACAACAUCAAGGGCAUCUACCACUUCCAGCUGCGCGGCCCGCAUUCCAAGUGGUACCACACGCGCUUGCGCCCCGGCACUGCCGAGUUCCUGGAGCGCAUGUCCCAGCUCUACGAGCUGCACAUCUGCACCUUUGGGAAGCGUAAGUACGCGCACAAGAUUGCCCAACUCCUGGACCCCGAGGGAAAGUUCUUCUCGACCAGGAUUCUGUCCAGAGAUGAGUGCUUCAAUGCCACCAGCAAGACGGACAACUUGAAAACUCUCUUUCCGAAUGGCGAUUCCAUGGUGUGCAUCAUCGACGAUCGGGAGGAUGUGUGGAACAUGGCCUACAACUUGAUUCAGGUCAAGCCCUAUCACUUCUUUCAGCACACGGGUGACAGUAAUGCCCCGCCGGGCUUGUCCAAGCAUGAACUGGAUGGCGAAGGCGUUGAUUUCCAAGAGAUUACCGAGAAGAUUUCCGAGUCUAUCAGCGAACUGAGAACAGAAGAUCCUGAUAGGGGCGACAACAUAGUCUCAAGCACAAGCAAGGAUGAUGAGGGGAAUGAGGAAUCAGUCGACGUAUUCGAACUGGAGAGCGACGCCAAGGAUCCCGAGAUUUCCAAUUCCUCGAUAGCCGCAGAGGCACCCAAGAAGCCGCCGAGUGACACACUAAAUGGCAAGACUGUCUCAGAGGAAAUCGUGGUCGUAGACGAUAGUUCAUCUGGCUCACCAGAUGCUGAGAAAGCUGUUAUUGAUGAUAGUUCCAAGGAGGUCACAAAAGCCGAGGUGGUGGAAGAGAAAACCCCGACAAGCAAUGAGGAUGUGGCCACCACGUCAAAGCCCAGCCUUCGAGUGCCGCUCGAAGGGCAGAAGCAGAUAGAGAUUGAAGACACCGACGAUUACCUGCUUUAUCUGGAGGGCAUAUUGCGCAGCAUCCACAAGCGAUUCUAUGCCAUCUACGACGAGACCACGGAGAUAACCGAUCUAAAGGUCAUCGUUCCGAAGAUUCGCUGUGAAGUGCUGCGUGGCAAGAGCUUGGUGUUCUCCGGCCUGGUGCCCACGGAGAUGAAGCUGGAGCAAUCGCAGGCAUACUUCAUUGCUAAAAGUCUGGGCGCAGAUGUGCAGCCGAACAUUGGCAAGGGGAUCACGCAUCUGGUGGCGGUCGAUGCGGGCACCUACAAGGUAUAUGCCGCCAAGAAAGAAUCCGCCAUCAAGGUGGUCAAUGCAAACUGGCUGUGGACCUGCGCCGAGCGCUGGGAGCAUGUGGAGGAGAAGCUCUUUCCAUUGGACCAAGGUGGCAAGGUGCGCAGUCCCGAGCACGUGGUCAACUACAGCGAGCGCCCAGAGAUCUCACCAUCGAGCAGCAAGCAGCAGGAGGGGCAGAGCGACACCUUCCGCGAAACGCUCAAUCCACUGCUGGGCCUCACCAACGCGGACAUCGAGUCCAUGAACCAGGACUACGACACAUUCUUCGAGUCGGACUCGUCGAGUGACGAGGGACCCGUUAACCUUGAAAACCCACCAAUGGAUAGGAAGGUGCUUAAGAGAAUGCGCGAAGAUAAUAGCAAUAGCAAUAGAGCCCAUGACUUGUUGACGCGCAGCGAGGACGUAAUGAUCGGAGCGCAGAACGUCAUGGAAUUUGACAUAGGCUUAAACGCAGAGGUUAAUGACAAUAAUGAGAAGGAGGAUGAUGACGAUGAGAUGCCCAGAGCCAAGUUUCGACGAGGAGAAGAUCUGCCUACCGACCUGGAGAUUGGCUCCGACCCGAACAGCGAGAAAGACCCGGAGGACGAGGACGACGACGAAUGGGACAUGAUGGAGAGAGACCUGGAGAGAGAGUUCCUCGGCCCUUCCUCGGAAGACUUUGACAUUUAGAAAUUCCGCAAAAUCUUCGAUCAACAGACAGGAGCCUGAGUCUCCGCAUUCGAGGCCUAUAUAUAUUUUUUUAGCCUACAAACCACUUUUACAAAAAUUUACCAAGACAGAAACCACAUUCCCCUACCUAACAACACCUACACUGAUCACAGAAGACUUAUGACUGGAAUACUUUCUGGGGAUCUUCCAAACGCAAUCGCGGGGGUAAAAUCUUCGGGGAAUUCAUUCACAGUAAUAACUGCAUCACACUAAACAACGACCCACAUAAACCUUGCCUUUUGCUCACUGAGCCUCAAAAUUCACUGCAAUUUUAAAAUCAUGGACACUUUCGACAUGAACAUAUUAUAUUUCCCAAUAAAA